AUGCAAACCAAACACUUCUUUUCUGAUCCGACCCAUUUGGUCUUGACCGCAUUGAACUCCAUCACCGUCACCAAUCCAUCCCUUGCCUUGGACGUCGAGAAUAAGAUUGUUUUCCGCCGCCCAGAUGCGCCCCGCAAGCCAAAAAAGGUCUCCAUCGUGACUGGUGGUGGCUCCGGCCAUGAGCCCGCUUUUGCUGGCUUCGUCGGCCACGGUCUAUGUGACGCUGCAGUGGCCGGUACCGUUUUUGCUUCACCUUCUGCCGAGCAGAUCCGCAGAGCUGCCAUGGAUCGUGUUCCCACGGAUAGUGGGGUUUUAAUCAUCCCUAACAACUAUACCGGCGAUGUGCUUAACUUUGGUAUGGCAACGGAGAAGUCCCGCGCUGCGGGUAUCCGCACCGAAUUCUUUGCUAUGGGCGAUGAUGUCGGUGUUGGCCGGAAAAAGAGCGGCAAGGUGGGUCGCCGUGGUAUUGGUGGUGCGGCAUUGAUUUUGAAGCUUGUUGGUGCUCUAGCGGAAGCUGGUGGUUCCCUCGAUGAGGUCUACGGUCUGGCUCAGCAUGUUAACGACAACUUGGUCUCCAUUGGUACUUCCUUGCAGCAUGUGCACAUUCCCGGUCGUCGUAUCCCCGAGGGCCUGGAUACCAUUGCACCUGGUGAUGCUGAGGUCGGUAUGGGUAUUCACAAUGAGCCCGGAUCUCACCGCGCCAAGGCAGACCUGGUCGAGCUGGUCAAAACUAUGCUGCGCUCACUACUUGACCCUAAUGACGCUGACCGUGCCUACGUCACCUACACCCCCAGGGAUCAAUUUGUCCUUCUGAUCAACAACCUGGGUGGUGUGAGCAUCCUUGAAUUGGCCGGUAUCACCGAUGAAGUUCACCGCCAGCUGAACCAAAGCUACAAUGUGAACCCCGUCCGCGUGAUCCAGGGUACCUUCCUCAGCAGCUUGGACGGAUUGGGCUUCAGUAUCUCGCUCCUGAAGCUGGCCGACACUGGCCUUGGUGCCGGUAAGUCGCUCCUUGAGCUACUUGACGCUCCCGCAGAGGCUAUUGGCUGGUCUGCCCCGAUCUCCCGCUCAACCUGGGAAAACCGCAUCGACACCCCAGUGCAGCUUAAGAACACCAACCUAGCCGAAGACAACCCAAGCAACCUGAAACUCGACCCAGCUGUCGUGAAGAAGGUCCUCGGUGCAGGUCUAAAGCGCGUCAUCGCCGCGGAGCCCGAAGUGACCAACUACGAUACCAUCGUCGGCGACGGCGACUGUGGCGUCGGCCUCCAGCGCGGCGCCGAAGCCAUCCAACAGCUCCUGUCAAGCUCACCCGGCAUUAGUGACGAUAUCGUCAACACAAUUAACCGUAUCGUGACAGUCGUCGAGAACGUCAUGGAUGGUACAUCGGGUGCUAUCUACGCCAUCUUCCUGAACGCUCUAGCCCACGGUCUACGCGACCAAGACAAGGGCUCUACAGUGCAAGCGAACACCGAAGUGUGGGCGAAGGCGCUCAAGCACUCCGUCACCGCAUUGGGCCGGUACACGCCCGCUAAGCCCGGUGACCGUACCCUUAUGGAUGCGCUUGUGCCGUUCUGCGAUACGCUUUUCGAGAAGCAUGAUGUCAAUGCUGCAGUUGCGGCUGCUCAGCAGGGCACCGAGUCUACGAAGAGUAUGAAGGCUAGUCUAGGUCGGUCUGUUUACGUUGGUGGUGAAUCGGAGUGGAUUGGCAAGGUACCUGACCCUGGUGCUUUCGGUCUAAGCGAAUUCCUUGCUGGAAUUGCUGAAGCGAUUUAA